AUGAAUCAGCUUCAACUUUUCGCUUUGGAUCAAUUUUUGUCUUCAGCUUUGGCUUGGUUUCUUGGGAAAUUUGGUUAUUUCUUUGGUACUUUGGAUGAUAUCGGUAGAUUGAAUUAUCGGCAACAUCUUCGAUUUUGGGUCUGCUCUUUAGAUAAGUUUCAAAUUGAAGAUUAUGGAUGUAUUGAUGCAAGCUCUAUGAGUUCUGUUCCAAAUAUUCCAGAAGAGUUGGAUAGAUAUUUGGCAUUACAGGUUGAUGAAAAUAAAAAUUCGCUUCUUUGGUGGAAAGCGCAUGAGUAUUAG